GGGAUUUUUUUGUGUUUCCUAUGGACAGCAGCUCUUUCUUCCUUUUGCUAAUGCUCAUUCUGCCAGAGUAUUACAACCAUUCAGUAGAUGAAUCCAUCUCUCCAAAGAAGUGCAAGAAUAUCCCCAAACUUGACUUGAGAGGCAGAGGCCACUUUGCCUCUUCCGAAUGGGCUUUGGUCAGACUUACCCCAGAAGAAGAGAAAGCUGAUCACAACCUUCUGGCGGUCCAAGUCCUGGUAACCAGUGAUGGAAGCAGCUCAGAAUCUGAUCUUUCUGGCAAUUCAGCCAUUUCUGAAGCCCCAGAAGACAUGUUGCCAUUGUUUGAGCCCUGGCACUGCAUCCCAUCUUCACAGAGAUCUCCACUGAUCAACACAAAUUUGCGGAAGGGAGAUGAUGGUCUUGAAAAAUCCAAAGCUGCCAACGCAUUACAACGAGCCUACAGUCUUCGUGACUCUUCUUCAUCAAAAAAAUAUCAGAACUGGAAAAAGAACAUUCAGUCAAAUUUUCCUCUAUUGUAUAACAAGAGAAAUGGACCAUUUUCAAAAGAAGCUUCUGCCAGCCUUCCACAAGAGGUCGAGGAGAGUUGCUUCAAGACAGAGCUGACGUCUCCCAACAAAAUUCCAGAAAUGAGAGCACAUUUGCAACCUCAUAGCCCAGAAUUUCAAUUCAAAGAAAAAGCCACAGAUGUAUCUGGAAAAAUCCCUUUCUAUAUUCCUCAUUCCUGUUGCGCAGAUAGUUAUCCAGUGGCACAUGGUGAAUCCCUUUCUCAUGCUGACUGGACUUCAGUUCCCAGUCCCCUUAAACCUGGAGCCAACCACUGUGGUGCUGAUGAGCAAUAUGAAGGAAAUGAGGCAGUAAAUAGUCAGCAACUGACUUCAAGAUUGUUUACAAAAAACUCAGAUACAUCCUCUGUAAACCUUGAUGAAGGAGAUAAAACUGCUUUGGUGCCUGCCAAAGAACAGCAAAACAGACACUUAAACAAAGCUAAAAGUAAAAUAAUGAGGAAGUUAACUCUUUCAAUGGAGCGGCAGGCCAGAGCCCUUGCUCUGAACAAUUCUCAGCUAGAUGGGGCAAGAAUUGCAGAUCAAGGCCAAGGAAUUCCAGGGCCAAAGAACGCUUAUUUUACUGGAGAUGAGCACAUUCCAAAGCAACUUAGUUAUGAUAGGUCUCCUAAAUUCUUGGAUAACCAUUUGCCAGUUUUGGUUCCUGAGCACAAACAUCCAAAAUACGUUGAUAAAUGUCCAAAGAAAUGCAUGGCUGCUCAGCCUAAAUGGUCACUGAAGGUAAUGGCCAAUGCCAUUAAAAAAUCCAUCCUUACUUCUCCUUCAGAAGGUUUGAAAAAAAGCCAGGACGCACAUACCAAACUUCCUCUGGAAAACGCCUCCUUCAAUUUCCCUCAUAGCCUGGUUCAUCCUGAGAAUUUGGAAAAUACUAAGGAUCAGGAAGACUCCAAUGCAGAAAUGCAGGAUUUCUUUGUGUUGAGUACUAAAGAACAGGGCUUUGGACCUGGGAGUUCAGAUAUCUCUAAUUUUUCCAGGAGUCCAAUUGAAGGUUGUCUGUAUGAUGAUAAAAGCUCAUAUUCUCCAGAAUACAAUGUGCAUAUGUGCUCAUCCAGCAGUACUCACCAAUCUGAACCUUCUUACUCUAAUGAAAUUGAUGUUCCCAUGCUUUUAGAAAGAUUUACCCUUAAAGAAAAUAGCCGGAAGUCAUCCACUGAUGAUUGGCAUGCUUGUAAUCAAAAGAACAUGCUAUAUUCAUCUUUAAGGCAUAAAAAGAAAAGUGAUGAUGCCAUCUUAGAUGGUCCAGUUCAAAGGAACAAUGUGUGGAAUCUGUUCAGUAAUUUGAGGAAUAAAGAAGAUGACAACGUUGAAAGCCCUUUGUUAAUGCCAGCUGUCCCUCCGGCUACCAUCAUUGAUGUUGAUGAAGUACUAAGUAAUUCUUCCAAAGGAGAAUAUUUGGGAUCUGACUGUCUACCUGCCAGGAAACAAGCAGCAAUUGACUACUGUUCAUCAUCCUCUGAUGGUGAACUGGAAUAUCAGUCUUCGCUGCCGCUCAAGCAACACCAAGAACUCCACAAAAAAAAAGAAAGAAAGAAAGAAAGAAAAAAAGCUGGACAUAAGAAAAAUGCAGUGCAGAUUAGAAUGAGGACAAAGGGGAAACAUUGA